AUGGCUGCACGCGAGCUCCUCGCACUCGAAGACGUGGCCGCGAUGCCUGCGCCUGGUCUCAGCGCCCCCGCGAACGUGAGCUUCAGUCCCGACAGCCGCCUCAUUGCCUUCUUGCACGCCCCUGGCGCGUCCCGCGGCCGUCUCUCUCGUCAAUUGUAUGCGCUGGACGUGGCCUCUCGCUCGGUCUCUCUCCUGGCCACUGCGCCGAACGACGGCGAUACAGAAGGCAACUUGAGUCUCGACGAGAAGCUCCGGCGCGAGCGUCAGCGUCAAAUGGGACUUGGCAUCACGUCGUACGCGUGGAAUCCGUCGCGGCUUUCGCCGGGCCUUUUGUACCCUCUCCAAGGUGAUAUCUAUUUACAAGCUCACGUGGGCGCCCCGCUUCAGUUGCUCUUUGAUAAAACCUCGACCGGUGCAAUUGGAGGGGCAAUUGACCCGCAGUUUUCGCCCGAUGGACGCUAUGUGGCGUUUGUUCAGGAUAAGGAGGUGUACGUCAUCUCGACACAAGGAAGUAAGCAGCUACAGGCGAUACAAGUGACGACAGGAGCGCGAGGAAUCGAUGGCAAGUCGAACGGACUGGCUUGUUUCUUAACACAGGAGGAACUGGGUCGCUUUCGAGGCUUUUGGUGGUCACCCGACAGCUCAAAGCUCGCGUUUGAGCAAGUGGACGAGCGCGAGAUUCCCAAGUACAGGAUUAUGCACUCGGGUAGUGCUGCACCAACUGGAGACGAUGUGCAGGAAGACCAUCGCUACCCUUUUGCAGGCGGUAGCAACCCCAAGAGGAGGUUGGGCGUGAUUGACUUGCCACGACUCGCCAAGCAAACAGAGGGGGAAAUAGGGUUGCAGAGUGCUGCUGGUCGUGGACUAGUGCAGGACCAGGAGAUUCCUGUACCCGUGUGGAUGGACUUUGCGUCGUUGGAUACAGACCCGGAUUUUUACAUUUCGAGAGUGAACUGGCUGCCAGACAUGUCGCUGGGAGUGCAGAAGUUGAGCCGACUACAGACAGAGGUUUCGUUCUUGAGAUUUGAUGUGGAAACCGGACAAGCAACGACGCUGAUACGGGAAACGAAUCCCGUGUGGGUGAAUGCUACUUACCUGUAUCGCAAUGUUGAAGUGGAGAGUGAGAACGCGUUUCGUUUCUUGUGGGCAUCUGAACGGAGCGGUUUUAUGCACCUUUACUUGUACGAGUACACGGCAGGAGCACAGGGUGCACGGCUCCUCGGCUCUGUGACAAGCGGAAACUGGAAUGUAGAAUCUGUCGAGGGCAUAGACUUGGUAAAGGGAUGCGUGUAUUUCUGCGGCACGGUGGACUCCCCGCUGGAGCGUCAUUUAUACGCGACAUCCCUUGUUCCGGUCAGUGAUCCACCGCCUCAUCCCAUCAGACUGACCAGUCCAGAAGGCAUGCACAACGUCGUCAUGGAUAGUAAUUGUCGCAUGUUUGUGGAUGUGUACAGCAACCUAACGACACCACCGCGUGCGCUGGUGUGUACUGUGCCUUCAGAGUCCUGUAUUCGAGCUGUGAAGCCACUUGAACCCGCAGAUCCGAGUUUGGCUGCAGAAGCUGCAGCCGCGCCACCAUUGGAAUAUGCUGCGCUUUUCCAGGAAGUCUAUGACUCAGCAUACCCCCUGACCACUGAGCAAGAGGAUUUACGCGUGGCUAUACUUCAAGCCCAGGGCAAACUCUGCGUGCCCAAGAUUAUAUCGGUUCUUACCCGCGAUGGCAAGGAAACACUCUACGGGGCAGUAUACUUACCGGAUCCGAAAGUGCACGGUGAAGGCCCGUACCCUACGAUGGUGAGCGUAUACGGUGGACCUCAUGUGCAACGCGUUGCGCGCACGUGGGCAAUGAGUGCCGAUAUGCGAGCACAGCGAUUCCGUGACAUGGGAUAUGUCGUGCUGAAGAUCGAUAAUCGUGGCAGCUUUCGUCGCGGCUCGGCUUUCGAGGGCGCCAUCAAACACUGUAUGGGUACCGUAGAAAUUCUUGAUCAAGAGGACGGCGUUCGCAAAUUAGUGGACGAAGGUGUGACGAUCAAGGGAAGAGUGGGAAUUUACGGAUGGAGUUAUGGUGGCUACAUGGCGGUCCUCAGUCUGAUGAAAGCUCCUGAGACGUUUAGUCUUGCCAUUGCCGGGGCCCCGGUGACGAGCUGGGACGGCUAUGAUACUUGCUAUACAGAGCGCUACAUGUCAACACCCCAGCUCAAUCCGACGGGCUAUCGAAACGGCUCGGUUUUGGAGGCUGUUGGGAAUAUGCGGAAGGGGCAGAAGUUACUGCUCAUCCAUGGGCUGAUUGAUGAAAAUGUGCAUUUUCGCCACACAGCUCGACUCAUAACAGCUCUGAUCAAUGCUCGGAAGCACUAUGAUUUGCUACUCUUUCCUGGUGAACGCCACUCACCACGUCACCUAGAAGACCGAAUUUACAUGGAGCAGCGCAUCGCUGAGUACGUUCAAAACAAUGUGUGA